AUCAGAAAUAUUUGAUAGCAAAAGAAAAGAGAGAAGAACUAAGACUCAGAAAUUGGAUGGAGAUGGGUCACAGCUUUUUUAGUGAAUUGUUGCCAAAUAAUUGUGAUGUUAUUGGUGAAUGUCACAGCUUCUUAAAUUUCUCUUCUUCAUCUAAUUCUUCGAAUAUUGGUCGAGACGAUGGUGGCAAAGACGACGAAGAUAUGGCGAAUUGUCUUAUCCUUCUUGCUCAAGGUGAACCUGCAGCAGCUUCUCAACCAUCUUCUUAUUCAUUGGGAAAGUUCUUCAGGAGAGACCCAGAAGGGCAAAACGGUGCGAGCAAGGCAGCGGAUGGUUGUGCCUACGAAUGCAAAACCUGCCGCCGAACAUUCCCAUCCUUUCAAGCCCUCGGUGGCCACCGCUCCAGCCACAACCACAAGAACACCCCCAUUACCCCCACCGCCACCCCCGCCAACCAUAAUUCGAUCUCCACCACAUCCCCGCCCAAUAAACAGCUACAACAACGAUUCAACAACAACAACAACGUUUCAAACCAAUUGGAUCAGGUUCGCAUGAGCCGAACCGUUUAUUACAACAAUCUCAAACCCGCCAAUCAUAGAAUUAAGGUCCAUGAGUGCUCUGUUUGUGGCGCCGAUUUCAUUUCCGGCCAAGCCCUCGGCGGGCACAUGAGACGCCACCGCCGUGGCUACGGCGGUGGAGCUUCGAGAGAUUCCAGUGAGAUUGACGGUCGUUGUUCUAAAAAGCAGAGAAGUAAUUUAUUGUGUUUGGAUUUGAAUCUCAAUCUUCCGGCACCUGAAAAUGAUAAAAGAGAGAACUCGGGUGUUGUUGCAAUGGCUGCCACGAAUUUGGUGGACUGCCAUUACUGAGAACAUUGAGCAUUUUUGCAUAAUGAAUGUAUGAUUUCUAAACGAAAAAUAUUAUGUGUGUUUGAUACGUAUGUUUAUAAUUCCAAAUUUCAACGAAAAGCACCCAAGUAAAUACUA